UUUUCUCUCACACAAUUACAUUCACCACACAACUAAGAUGUGAAACUAAUUACUUCCUUUUAAUCAACCCAACGCUCUUUCUCACCAUAAAUAUUGUUUGUGUUGGUUGACUUCUCAACAAGCUAGUCACAUCCACACACAAAUCAUACAUCACGCAUAUAGACACAUAUAGAAAUAUAUGUAAUAUAUAUAUACACACAUCUGUAUAAAUUCAUAUUUCUACAUACACAAAAACUCACGUUUUUACAUUCAUCUCUCCCUCUCCACAUAUAUACAUACAUCCAUAUAUAUAUAUACAUUUAUAUUUAUCCGGACUAUGAGAGUGUAUGCUUGUUAGGUUUUUCUUUUGUGCAUGAUUCCAUUUAGUAAAAGAAGCCUGACUUUUUUUUCUUGCGGGGGAGAAGCAGCGAUUCCUUCCCUCCACACACACACGCACACGACAUUAGUAGAUCGGUCUGUGGAAGAACCACCACAAGAACGAGAAGAAGACUAGCUAAAUGGCUCGUUUGUGCUUCUCAGCUCCAAUGGAUAGUUUGAGCUGGUAGGAGAGUGGAUAUAAGAAAGGCUGAGAGCACCAGGUUGUUACCUUAAUUAGGAUUGCUAACCCACUAAUAACCUACCUGUCAACCUGGCCACCUACCACAUAUCAUUACCACUCAAGAAAUUCAAUUCCACAAAGUCGUUUCUCUCAAAAUGUGGAAUCAUGGUUUACUUUUGCCGUUGCACUCUCUGAUCUUAUUGACCAUCACCCAAUGGGGCCAUUCAAUGACCAUACCAGCCCAUUACUACCACCAUGACUGCAGGACUGUGCAGGAAAUGUCCAGAAAAAUUGACCGACCUAUUAAUAUUUGAGUAACUCUCUGAACAUCCACUUCUCAAAAGAAGUGAUGUAAAUACACAAAACUGAUAGAACUGUGACUGGUAUAGUUAUGACUGGAAUAGACAUGUCAUUACCUUGUUUAUGACCACUGCAGAGUUAUGAUUCUAUAAAGAUAUGUAACUGUGGUACAACUUAAUUAGUAUCAAGUGCCUCUCUCUGAAUGAUAUCAUUAAUUCGUUCAUCUGACAUUACUUCACUCAGCUAAUAUCAUUACUUCACUCGGCUGAUAUCAUUGCUCCACUCGGCUGAUAUCAUUGCUUCACUCGGCUGAUAUCAUUGCUUCACUCGGCUGAUAUCAUUGCUUCACUCGGCUGAUAUCAUUGCUUCACUCGGCUGAUAUCAUUGCUUAACUCGGCUGAUAUCAUUGCUUCACUCGGCUGAUAUCAUUGCUUCACUCGGCAAAUAUCAUUGCUUCACUCGGCAGAUAUCAUUGCUUCAUUCAGCUAAUAUCACUGCUUCACUUGGCUGGCAUAGCUUCUUCACUCCCUCAGCUGACUUUGAAUGUUCCACUCACCAAAAGUUAGUUAUCAGAGAUUUCGUGUUGACAUUAUAUUUAUAAAUAUAUGUGUGUGAAGAAUAUAGUGAGCAGCUGUGGGGGCUUUUAUGUCUAUGUAUGUAAAAGUAUGUAUAUGUAUGUAUAUAUGUAUGUGUAUGUACAUUCCCAUUUAGCUGAAAGAUUAAUUACUUACGAGGCAGCCAGCUGGAGUCAGUGAGUUUAAUGUUGUUACAAAGUGAAACAACACCGAAACAAUGUUUAAAUAUUGUCAUUUCCUUUGUUGAAUGUCACAUGUUGGCUUUUACAUUAUAAUAAUAAUAAUGAGGCAAGGAGGCCUGUGUGGAGGAGGAGGAGGAGGCUUGUUUUAUCACCAACCUUUCACAUCGUCUGCACAAUGAUUCUUUAGCGCACUCACACAAAAUAGCCACCCCUUUACUGGGGUUUACAAGCAACUAUCAUUUCUAGAAACUUCUUUCUCCACCCCCCACUUCCUUCAUUUGGACAGGCAUAAUGAAGAGCGUUUAGAAAUUUGUCACCUUCUUUGCUCAAGGAAAAACUGAAAGCCCUUUUAAGGUCACAGGUCACCCUUAAAAAUACUGCGUAGUUUGGACCUAAGAUUCUUCAUCUGCUGCCAACUUGCUAAAAACAACUGUUCAACGUUACCAAACUGAAGGAAGAAGGAGUUUCUAGAAAACAGAACAACGAACAAAUUCAAGUUUUGUCCAAGUUAGCUUUAGCCAAACAAAUUAGUGAGAAUGUUUGAUGUCCAAAACAUCUAUGGUACCCCACAGAUCACCCGUAAACAACAGCAAUCACUGAGGCCACGUCGAAUGACACUCAUUGAUCUCAGGAAUGUUCGGCUUGAGGAAGAUGAUGCCCGAUUUCGUCGUACUGCCUCAGGAACGAUUAAAUUUGAGGGCUCCGGUGGACAGUUCUCAUCAAAGCAUGGGAUUGUACCAAUAUUUGACCGAAGUGAGAGUCUUGAAGGGAAACGGAUCGGAAGCAAUAUGAAAAUUCAACACACUAGUCUCUCUGAUGGUUCGACCCGGUUUCCCAAGCUAGAAGAAUGUGCCCACUUCCAUUAUGACUUUGUUGAACUCGGUCAACUGCAGCUGCAGUUAUGCGAAGAAGACCAGGAAAACUACCAUCAUCGAGGGAACGAGGAAGGAGAGCUGCAGUUUAUGUUGCGGGUUAUGUCAAAGGACAAGACCUGGAACAUCCGACGCAGCUAUGACAACUUUCGCAUGCUUGAUAAACAGCUGCACAAGUGCAUCUUUGACCGACGCUUCAGCCAUCUGCCAGAGCUUGGCAGUCAGAGUGAUAUUUCGAAUAUCACAGAAACAGAGAUGCAAGAACUGCUGCAGAAAUAUCUGAAACGGUUCUCAUCCAUUGCUGGAAGUAUGAUCUACUGCGGCUCCAUACUCAACUGGCUCGAGAUGGACAAUCGCGGAAAUCGUCUGCUUGCUGUGGAUGAUUCUGGAAUCAACACACCUGCUAUUGCUGCCGCACACGCAAUACGUCGCUACAAUGCACAGGCUGCAGAUGAAAUUUCACUAGAGGUUGGGGAUAUUGUAUCUGUGAUAGACAAACCACCCCCCGAGGACACCAUUUGGUGGAGGGGAAAACGUGGCUUUGAGGUUGGUUUUUUCCCCAGUGAAUGUGUUGAGGUGAUCCGGGAUAAAGUUCCACAGUCUAUGGCUUCCAGAAUACCACCACCAAUUAGGAAGCCUUCAUCCGGGCCGGUGAAACGGGGCAACACAUGGAACGAAGGGGCAGCAAGCUCAACGACAACAGCUUCAACCACAGCCAUGAGCAGCUCAACUAACACAGUCCUUCGCAAACACAGCAACUUCAUCAGCUUCCUACAACGUUUCUUCUUCACUCGACCAGCCCGGAACCAACUGAAACGUUCUGGCAUUGUGAAAGAGCGAGUGUUCGGCUGUGAUCUCGGCGAACAUCUACUCAACUCAGGCCAUGAUGUUCCGUUGGUUUUGAAGUGUUGUGCUGAAGUGAUUGAGAAACAAGGGAUUAUUGAUGGCAUCUAUCGCUUAUCUGGGAUUAAUUCAAACAUUCAGAAACUCAGAUUAGCAUUUGAUGAGGAUCGGAUGCCAACCCUUACUGACGAAACCUACUUACAGGACAUCCACAGCAUCAGCUCCCUUCUUAAGAUGUAUUUUCGAGAACUUCCAAAUCCCUUACUCACAUACCAACUCUAUGAUAAAUUUGCUAAAGCUGUUCAGGCAGAAGACAAACUCCAUUUGAUCCAUGAUGUUGUUCAGCAGUUACCCCCACCGCAUUACAGAACGACUGAAUACCUCAUCCGACAUCUGGCUCGAGUUGCAGCUUUUGGCACUGAGACAGGAAUGCAUUCCAAAAAUCUGGCCAUUGUCUGGGCACCAAAUCUCCUCAGAUCUAAAGAACUUGAACUUGGUGGUGGUGUAGCAGCACUCCAGGGCGUCAGCAUUCAAGCUGUAGUCACAGAAUUCCUUAUAUGUUAUGCUGACUUAAUCUUUAGUGAUAAGAUGCCCUCCUACUCCUCACCAGAACUCAGACAAUCCCAGAAGAAGCCCCGCCCAAAAUCACUUGCAAUAUCCACGCCAACCCGGUUACUCACUCUGGAGGAAGCUCGUGAACGAGUACUUUCGUCUCACAACGUUCCCAGUCAGAAAUAUAUUGAUGUUGGUGGUGGACCGGAGAAGUUACCACCGAAAUACCACACAGUUCUAGACUUACCAGGAUACAAGAAGAAGUCUCGAGAUGCUAGCAGUAUGACUACCCUCAAUAAACCAAAGAAGUCUCCAGUCAGUGGGUGGAAGUCAUUCUUCAGCAAAUCUCGGACAAGCAGUGUCAAACAGAAAGUCCGCAAAUCUAGUCUGCAAGGUUCAUUGUAUGACACCGAUGGUAUUAGCAGUGUUUGUCCAAGCAAGGCCAUCACUGAGGAAGAUGUACACAAUUGGAAAAAGAGACGGUUACGUUGUGCCAAAAGUGCUGAGUCAUUGUUAUCAUUAUCUAGUCAUAAGAACAGUGUUAGCAGUUCAAGCAGUAACCCACGUGGCUUCAUUGACCCUGGCAUGGUGGUCAACUUGUACACAGGUGAAGACCGCAAUCGUAUUUGGCAACACAAACGUUCACUGUCCUCCGAUGCUUCAACUGGACUCCGUCAUCACGACUUGCUACCUUUUUAUAAUUGUUCUCACAAAGAAGCAACAGCUUCUGCCGUUGAUUUUAGGACAUUACCCCAACAUGAUGCCAGCAAUGAGGAUUCUGGCUCUUCAUCCAGCAGUGAUUCUGAUGCUGAGAAGGAUCCAAUACAGAUACGAAAUAUUCAUGGGGACGUACAUCAGUCAUUCAUUCGUGGAGAUUCAACACGACGGGCUGUCACUUACCGCAAGACGUCAUCAGCUCCAUCAACUCCUCAACAACAAACCAGACAGAUUAUAUCAGAGAAAAGCAAAACUCAGGAAGAACUUGGAAAUGAAAGUGACUCUGAUAAUAGCAUGGAUGACUUUUAUGAAGACAAUCAAGAUCUUUAUCAAAUGAAACUUGUAAAAUCAGCUGAAUUUUCUCAGCCCCUUGAUUUGGACAAUUUUCAGCUGAUGUCUAAAUCUGAUGGCUUUCUUGUUGCAUCUUCUGCAGCAGACAAUGAUACUCGCAGGAAUCUCACUGAUCAAGGUAUGAACAAAAAUCUAAUAGCACCUUCUUUUAUUCAAUGGAAAGAUGGUCCGGCUGAGACGUUACCGAAUAGUGGCCAUGGUUUAAAUACUGGCCAACGACAAGCUUAUUACUCUCGGUUCCAUGAUUAUGCAGAAAUUGAUGAAAGUCAGAUCUCAGCACCAGAAAGUGUGGUAGAAAGAACAACAAAAGAGUAUUCCUUGAAGAAAAAAGAAAAGGAACUUGAGCUUAAAGCUGGCACCAUGUCUAAGAAAGAUGGUCAUGUUGAUGAAGUGCCUACUUCUAAGGAUUCAGCUCCAGAGAGCACCACUCAACUACGAUCGGAUUUACUUUCGGCAAUAGCUAAACUUGAAGACAGCAUCUCACCAAUAAGUUACAUGCAGAAAGAUAUGUGUAAAUGCCUGAGUGUACCAUCAGAUAUUGGUAAAUCUUUAGAAAAUGUCAAUUUUGGUAGCCAAUCGGAUUUGAUGUCUGGGGUUAGCAUCAGUGAACUCUCUCAAUCUGUGGACAGUAUCUCAGUUAAUGAUAGCACGGACUUCAAUUUGAGUUGUACUUUUGCUGCAAAUCCUUCUCUUUGUACAGAUUCCGCUACUGCGAUAGACCUCUGCAAACAAAUCAACAAAGCUUUCACUAAUUCUAUGAAACCCACACGAGAAUCUCCAGAAAAAGGCACCCGAAAAUCCACCUCGGACAUUCCUAAUUUAGUAGAAGGAGAGAAAGAGCCAUCGAAAAUGGUAAGAUUCAAGCAAGGCAGUAAUUCUUUAGAUGAACGUAAAAGUUGCCCUGAAACUAAGAAUGAAGGUGACCAAACCAGCUCAAAUAAGAGCGCAGAACAAGUGGGUCAUGUUGGUCAGCUGAGUUCAUCUGUCAGUGAUAACUGUGUAAGGAGGGAAAAGAAAUCUAAUGUGGAACCCACCAAACGUUACUCACACCAUAUUUUGGAACAUCCGAAACCAGAAAGUGUCAACCCCUUGUUUAUUGUUGAAAGUCCCCCUAGUUUAGAGAGCCUGAACAGCUUCACCCAAAUGUUAAAGUUCUAUGACCCUGAAGAAGUGAAACAUAUGAUGGCAGAAUCUUCUGACUACUGGUCACGGCAUUCACAGACAACUUCUGAAGAUAAUCAGACAGCUUCUAGUCCAACUUCAAAUAUACUGCCACUUGCUCACAUUGAAGAAAGUAAUCAAUUAUCGCCUCUUGAAAACAACACAAUGAUGGGGGAGUCGAAAGAACACACACCACUCAGUAGUCCAAGUACAAUCUGCAAAAGUCCAGUUGAAGGACGCGCUAAAGAUCUAGAUUUAUCUGACGACAAUGAUAAAGAUGACAGCUUGAAGGAAAGUAACUCUUCGUUGCAGAGAACUUUUGAUGGAAAUUCCUUUGAAGAUUUUUCUAAUGAAACUUUGAAGCAGCUUGAAGAUACCAUGGAAAGUGAUAUCAUGGUCCGAUCUUUACCUCCAGAAUCAUCCCUCACCGAUUCUUUACUCAAACCUAAGACAUCCCAGUCCAUUCCUGGAUCAUUCAAAGAUAAAACACAAAGUGAAAUCAAUCUUAGUCGUUCUUCACGGAAACUUUCAUCAGACAUUAGCAAAGAUCAACUAGAUUCUGCAUCUGAUUCAGCUUACACAUCUGAGACACCAUCAGUGAAGAGAUGGGAAAGUAUGGAAGUCAAUCCCUCUCUGGAUUCUGUUCUAGUCCUGUCUCCAAGGCCUGUCAUCACAGUACCACGUCCUGACUCAGAGUCAUCUGUUCCUAACUUUGACUCUAAUCAAAGUAGCUGUGAUCAAUUGUCUGUUAAGGACUCCAGUGAGACUCUUAUUUCAUCACCACACUCUCCUCUAAGUAUGAAGAAUAUAUAUGGCAAUAAUCGUCCUCCACAAUCUUCUGUUGCUGAUUUAGACAGUAUCCUGAAUAUGUCAAAAGAAGAGCUGGAAGAUGCUGAAAAGAUUAUAUUAGCAGGAGAUGAUAUUGGUGCCAGUCGCCAGAUUCCUUUAGCUAGUCCUGAAGUGUCAGGAAUAAGUGACCAAUCUGAACAAGAUCAAUCAAGUGAAGAGAAAAGCUUAAAUUCUCAAACUGAUUCACAUCAACAUAGUAAUAGCAAAGAGACUUCAAAAGGAUUUGGUGCCUUGAAAAAAUCAUCAACAAUUCCAGUGCUGGGACAGCCACAGAAAGAAGCUAUGACAGAUCACAAAAUGUGUGAGAGCAACAAGCCAUUAAGUCAACCAACAUCUCCUAUUAAAAGUCCUAGCCACAAAGAAGGAAUAGAAAAACUUCGGCGUUCAUUCAUUGCUGAUCGGAAGGAGUUUGUCAGUCAAAAUUCCAAAUCCCCUCCAAAUGAAAAUGAGGAAUCUGAAAUUAAUUUAGGUUCUAAAGAUACAAAUGUUUCCAGAAAAGACCCUGUGUGUAAAGGGUUAGACAAAGCAGGGGACAAAAUAACUGUCCAUAAAGAAACAGUGAAACCAGAGGAGAAUAAGAAAAUUCCUGAAGCAAAUAAAUCAAAAGAUAAGACUGUCAGCAAAGAUACAGCAAAAUCAGGAGACAACAAGACUAUUGGUAAAGAUAUGGCAAAAUCGGGAGACAAUAAGACUGUUGCUAAAGAUACGUCGAAAUCUGGAGACAGCAAGAAUGUUGGUAAAGAUACAUCGAAAUCAGGAGAGACUAAAAUUACUGGUAAAGAUACGGCCAAGUCAGGAGAUAGUAAAACCGUUGGUAAAGACACGGCCAAAGCAAAGGACAAGAAAAUGUCUGAAAUAUCUAAAUCUGGAGAUAGUAAAAUUGUUGGUAAAGAUACGACCAAGUCAGGAGAUACAAAAGCUGUCAGCAAAGAGACAACGAAGACAGGAGACAGUAAAACUGUUGGUAAAGAGGCGACCAAGUUAAGUAAAAGAGAAACUAACCAGAAACCAUCAAGUGAUCCUAAGAAAACUGUGUCUGGUGGUCAGAAAGAGGAGAAAAGCCAUUCCAUUGGAAGUGAGUUACAAUCUUCUAGUAAUCGGCUCUGUCAGAUUUCACCCCCUGAAGAAGAGGUCCUUAUUCAGAUCCGUCCCACACUGAAAAGAUCCUCUUCACCAAGGAGAAGGCUGAUUGAGAAGAUGAAAAAAGACACUGAAAUUCACGAGAAGAGACCAAGUGUAAGCGAAGAAAUAAUUUCAGCUUCAAACUUGGCAGCAGCUGCUUGUGGAAAAAGUUGCCGGCCACAACAAAACACAACACCACAACAGAUUCCACAAUCGACUACAGGUUCGAACCUUACAUGUGAUGAUGAUGAAGACGAUGGGACAGACUUUUCCAAGGCUCGCUCUCUCGACAGUUUGCUGUCCAAUUUAAAAACUAAACCAAAAUCAGAAAGCAAGAGCCAGAGAAAUGAUGCAUUUCGGUGUAAUAUGACCUCCAGCAGCUCCGAUGUUCUUCGAGGUCAGAGCAAGAGUUCAAUGGGGACGGCAACAUCAUCUGACCUUGAAGUGAUUCAUGACCCUGAGAUGACCGACAGUGUAUUUCUAGAAAACUGCGCUGUCGAUGUGCGAGAACGUAAAGAGUCAAGAGCAGGUAAAAAAUGUGCAACAAAUAUUGCCAAAAACGUCGUUGAUGGCAGCAGUAACAGGUCAUCAUUGGAUGAAUCUGUUCUGCAGGUUGCUGCUGAAAGACAUACUGCAUUUGAGGCUGCUAAAGAUGGCUGCAGCAUACAACAAUACAACACUGCAUCUCUGAAAUACCCCAAAGCCAAGAAACUACAGAAUUUAAAAGAAUUCUUUGAACAUGAAGAGUUGAAGAACAGACCAAACUAUAAUCGAUCUGCUAGUAGCCCUUCAAACCCAAACUCACCCACUUGUCCACGGUACCAAAGACAAUACAGAGAAAGUGGUAAAAAAAGGGAGUCCAGCCGGAAAGACUCAAUGUCCCCUUCACGGUCUCGUGAACGGGAAGCCACAAAGUCCACCGCUAAAUCCAAAACAGAUACCAACAGCCAGGGACGCAGCCCAACUCCUAGUGCCCAUAGCCCAACCCCUAGUGCUCAUAGUCCUACCCCUAGCAGUCGAAGCACAACCCCAAGUGGCCGAAGCCCGACUCCGAGCGGUCGAAGCCCAACACCCAGUGGCCGCAAGCCAGCUGCUUUAGAGAAAUGGCAGCGUGCUGAAUCGCACGAACGUGAUGGCAAGCAGACGUGGGAGAUGGGCGUCGACUAUGUGCUUUGUAAAUCACCAAAAUCUAAAUCAGAGUCUUCAGCAGGUCACUCCACUCCAAAAGGCACUGCUUAUCGCAUGCGUACUGGGAGUGAAUCUUCAGCAAGUGAUGUAGACGUAAAGAGUCCUCCCCCACAACGUGCUAAAGACAGGCAACGCAAAGCUGUACGCAAUGUGGAACAAAGCAAGAGUGAUACAAGUGAUUCUGAAUCGAAACAUUCUUUCUCUGAAAUGGAAUGUAUCGGGGAGGAACAAGUUCCUCGCCGAAAGCGCAAAGAUAGCAUUAAGGAACUGCGAAACUACUUUGAGGGCAAGCAGGCUGCAGGAACUGAACCAAUCAACAUUGGUGGUGGUAAUAAUAAUAAUAUUAACUCUUCAGUUUUUACAUCAAGUUGCUCUGAACUGAGCAGCCAUAGUGUAAGUGCUGAGAAAAUAGACCCAAUGGCUUAUAUGAGUAAAUCAUUAACUUGUGAAUCAACAACAGUUGUCCCACGGAGGGCAGCAAGAUCUAGGGUCAAGAGUCUGUCUCCUGUGUGUGGACAAAGUGAUUUAAAAUCAGACGAUGAAUUAUCACAUAAAGGAAGUAGUCGUUUUAGUCUAGACUUUAGUGGUUAUACCACUCGACCACACGUCGAGGGCAUUGUUCGACCACAGCCAGUAAGGCUUGGUCCUAAACCAUUCUAUGGGGCCAAAACCUGACUGCUCUUAGCUUGCUAACUGUGAUAUCUCACUGCAUUUCCAUGUUGCAUUUGCUAUUUGCCGACAUCAACAUAAAUAGGAGACCAUGCAAAGAACUGAGCUGAGAGAAAUUGCAAAAUGUCAUUCUUUUGCAGUUGAGUUAACAUAUACACACAUACAUCAUAUAUACAUGUGUGUGUGUGUGUGUAUAUAUAUAUGUGUGUGUGCAUAUGUAUGUGUGUGCAAAUAUUUGUAUAUAUACACAGACUCACAUACAUAUGCAUAUAUAUGUAAUAUAUAUGAUUGAUUUUUACAAGACUCUAACCCCUUUAUUUCAGGUGUUAAGUAAAUCUAACAACACUGAUGUUUAUUUCUUAAAUUGUUGUUUAUUGAAGAAAUCAGUUUUAUUAUUGAACUCUUGAGGAUUCCAAAUUGGAAUCUAUCCAUUUUUACCAUUGUUAAGUCAACCAAAUUGUAUGUUGUUGUUAACUUGAUGCGAAGCACUGGUCAGACCAUUGCAAGAGUUGAUAAACUGGUAACAGCCAACCUGAACUGAUGAUCAUUCUCAACCUUUCAGCAAAUCUUAAUCUCUCUCAUAUGACCAUUUCUGUUAAGACUUUUUUCCCUUCCACAUUCUUCAAUAGCAUUCCCAGCCAUCAAGUAUUGGCUGCACACUGCUCAUAACCCAGUACAGAGUCGCUAUUACAGCUAAAACUGACUGUCUCUAACUUAACUUAUAGCACAUCUCCAGGAAUAGAAGCACUUUCUUUUAAUUUAUUAUCAUGAUUAUUAUUAUUAUUUUUUUUAUUAUUAUUAUUAACUUCAUCUUUCUCUCUCUGUAAAAAGAGGUUCGCAAUUUAAAGUGGUUAUCUAAAUAGUUCUUGAUAGUUUACCAUAUAUGGGUAAACAAGAGAGACCAGUUGAACUAUGGUGUCACCUUGGUGAGAUUUUGGCACGUUUUAGCGAAGAUUCUUCCAGAAUUAUAUUGAGCAAAUGAUAUAAAAGUCCCACCCCGUCCCUGAGACCAUGCAAUACCCUGACUGCCCAUUUAUGUUGCAUCAUUCAUAACAGUGAAAUGUCUUCCAGAAAUGUCAUGUGUUGCCAUUUGUCCUUUACUGACCACUGGUCAGUUUACACACACUUUGUCCAGUUGUUAUUGUUUAAACAACCAUUGGUCAAUUUGCAAACACUAUUCUACCCUUUUCCUGUUAUAAUGUUGUUUAAUGCCCAUUGGCCACUAUUGGUCAGUGGGCGUUGUUGUGUCCUAAUCACCAUUGGUCAGUCAUGUGGAGAAAACCAUUUGCAGCAAUAAACUAUUUAUUUCUCGCUAAAUCAUCUCUCUACCUCCAUCCUCAAUACUUCACACUUGUUGAAAUACUUCGGUUCCACAUCUCAAAUUUAAUUUUUUUAAAAUUUGUUUUUAAACAUGCUUAAAUAGAUGUACAUGUGUAUGAGUACAUGUGUGUAUAUGUGUGUGUGUGAGACCAGUCUAAAUUCAAGAACUUCAGUCACUAAAACAAUUUUUUUUUAAAAAUCAAAAACGAUUUUAGAAUCUGACUUGACAGAAAGUGUUUAAUAUUUAAUCCAGUGACGAUAUUCUGAAUUACUAUUGCACCUACGAGAAAGAUUCUUUUUAAAUUGAAUCAUGAAAUGAGUAAAACAUCCAUCUAAAUUUAAUUAACCUUUCAUUUCAGUCUAAUUAAUAUUUCAUCCAGGCUUGGAGAUUUAAUCUCUUAAUGAAUUGUUUGUUUAUUGUUCAAGGUGGACAUUAAUGUAUUCCAUCUUGUAAAAGAUACUAAGACCAAAUAGUUCCCUACAAUUGGCUGCUGUCUUGCUACAUGUUACCAUGUAGUAGGGACAUACCAGAUGCAACAUGGGGAGGUUAUUGUUAUCAAUAUAUUCACUCGACAUUCAUCAUGAAAUAAUCUCAUUGUUGGUCAUUGCUUAUCUUCUACUCCACAUGAUUGAUAAAACUGUUUCACAUACGACACAGCAUCUUACAUCUCUUGACCAAUGGCUAGCUGGCAUUGUAGUAACUUUGGUCAUCAUUCAGGAAUUUACCAUUUUACACAGUGCUAUAACUUUUAAUGAAUCAAAUAAAAUAUAACUGAAAGAGAAGACCCAAACCACAAAAACUUAGCCUAACCUAUUUCUAGAGAAGGUUAAUAUUUUUAAAAAAUGUGAUGAUAAGAAACUUGAUGAAUGUCUUGUAGGGUUCUUAUACAAGAAACAACUAACAGACGCAGAUUUCUUUCAGUUCAAUAAUUCCUGUGUGUUUUGCCAUUUUACUCUGCCUCGUCGUCCUCCUCCUCCCUACCACAACAGAACAUCUACACUUUCAUCUAUUACCACACCCUAUAUAUAUAUAUAUAUAUAUAUAUAUAUAUAUAUAUGAAGGUGUGUGAGUACAUGUAUGUGUGUAUAUAUAUAUAUAUAAAUAUAUAAAAUGAUUUUCAUUCUGUCUGCAAUAAAUUCAUUAUGUACAAAUUAAAA